AAAUUUAGCUAUAAAUUUGUAUAAAUAAACAAAGAAUGCAAACUUUAAGUAUAUGCCCAUCAAAAACUGAUUGUUUGUUGAAUCUUGAAUCUAGCCAUCACUUUGUGAGAAGAAAAUGUAGAAAUCCAUGUUCUUUAAGGGGUUUUAGAAGUGGGUUUGUUUGCAAAUGCAAUAAAGUUAAUCUUUUUGUGUUUUGGAAGCCAAAUAAGCAUUUAAUUGGUUCAUGUGUUGUCCCUUUAGCACUAGCAUUUGAAGAACAAGUAAUUGUUAGUAAAACCGAUUCAAAUUCGAUAACUGGGACUGAUAAAAAGAGUGAUGAUGAAGUUCCUGAUGAUAUUGAACUCGAUAGAGUAAAAACAGAUAGUAAUUUGCCACUAGUAUCUGUCAAAAGUACUAAUGGUGAACAUAAGGCUAAAAAGGUCGAUACUCGUGCUCUGGCAUCGAGAUUACGAGCUGCAAAAACUGCGAAUGAUGUAGAAAUGGUGAUUGGUGACUUAGGUGAACUUCCUUAUCAAGUUUACUCGACGGUCAUACGAGCAUUUGGUAAAGAAAAACGAGUUAGUUCAGCCAUUGCUCUUGUGGAAUGGCUGAAGUUAAAGAAGCCCGGCCCAAAUCUGUUUGUAUUUAAUAGUCUUUUGGGUGCUAUGAAACAAGCAGAAGAAUUUGAUCAUGUAGAAAAGAUCUUUAAUGAUAUGGUGAUGGCGGGUAUAACUCCUAAUGUUGUAACUUACAAUACAUUAAUGGGGAUUUACUUAGCUCAAGAGCUCGAAAUGAAAGCUAUCAAGCUUUUUUAUGAGAUAGAAACAAAGGGUUUGUGUCCAUCUCCGGCGUCUUAUUCUACAGCAUUGUUGGCUUAUAGAAGAAUGGAAGACGGGUUUGGGGCACUUGAUUUUUAUGUUGAUUUUAGGAACAAGUAUCAAAAUGGUGAGAUUGGGAAGAACGAUAACAUUGAAGAUUGGGACACUGAGGUUAAGAAGUUAGAGGACUUUGUGGUUCGAAUUUGUUACCAAGUUAUGAGAAGAUGGCUGGUUAACAGUGAGGAUUCAAGUCAAAAAGUGCUCAGACUGUUGACUUGUAUGGACCAGGCUGGUCUUCAAACAGGCCGGUCUGAGCAUGAACGGCUCAUAUGGGCUUGUACUCAUGAGGAUCAUUAUAUGGUGGCAAAAGAGUUGUAUAACAGGAUACGAGAAAAUGAUUCAGAAAUUAGCUUAUCGGUUUGCAACCAUGUGAUUUGGUUACUUGGUAAAGCUAAAAAAUGGUGGGCGGCUCUUGAAAUAUACGAAGAUUUGUUAGAUAAAGGACCAAAACCGAACAACAUGUCAUAUGAACUGAUAGUUUCUCAUUUCAACUUCUUGCUAACUGCUGCAAGAAAGAAAGGGAUAUGGAAAUGGGGGAUUAGAUUACUGAACAAAAUGCAAGAAAAGGGAUUAAAACCAGGCAGUAAAGAGUGGAAUUCGGUUCUCAUUGCUUGUUCUAAAGCUUCCGAGCCAUCAGCUGCUAUACAAAUCUUUACCAGAAUGAUUGAAAAUGGUGAAAAACCGACGAUUAUAUCAUACGGUGCACUUCUUAGUGCUCUUGAAAAGGGAAAGUUGUAUGAUGAAGCAUUAAGGGUCUGGAAACAUAUGAUCAAAAUGGGGGUGGAGCCAAAUUCUUAUGCAUACACAAUCAUGGCUUCUGUUUAUGCAGCCCAAGGGAAGUUUAAUAUAGUUGAGUCAAUCAUCCGUGAAAUGCCAGUUUCAGGGGUUGAGUUAAACGUGGUCACUUUCAACGCGAUUAUUAGCGCGUGUGCUAGAAAUAACAUGAAUGGUUCAGCUUACGAAUGGUUUCAACAAAUGGAGGUUGAGAAAAUCGAGCCUAAUGAGGUUUCAUAUGAAAUCUUGAUUGAGGCACUUGGAAAUGAUGGUAAACCCAAGUUGGCAUAUGAUAUGUAUUUGAAGGCUCAGGCAAAGGGACUGAGCUUGUCUACGAAAGCCUACGAUGCUGUAGUCGAGGCAGCACUUGGCGCUGGUGCGAUUAUUGACUUGAGCUUGCUAGGGACCCGCCCACCGCAGCUGGAUAGUAAAGAAAAGUUCAGAGAUUAAAAAAGAUUGGCGUUGUUAAAACUUAAAAGUACAUCAUCUGACAUUAAUCAAGAGUACAUGGACACUAUAAAUGAAUAGGAUACAUCAAUAUAUAAUAUAUAUUAUCUUUGGUUUUUAAACAUAACUUUAGAAUGUUUAUCUUGUUAUAUAAUUUAGAGUUUUGCUAAUGA